AUGUGCCCAACUCCCGACGCCGCCCCGGCCUCGAACGGCCAUGCUAACGGUGCUAACGGCACCAAUGGCUCCGAUGCCUCCCACCCUGGCUUCACUGCCAUUCCCACCAAGCCGCAACACUCCAGCCCCUACAGACCCGUCGGCGACUUCUUGAGCAAUGUCUCAAGAUUUAAGAUCAUCGAGUCUACCCUCCGCGAGGGCGAGCAGUUCGCCAACGCCUUCUUCGACACCGAGACCAAGAUCAAGAUUGCCAGGGCCCUCGAUGACUUUGGCGUCGACUACAUCGAACUUACCUCGCCCGCCGCCUCCGAGCAGUCCAGAAAGGACUGCGAGGCGAUCUGCAAGCUUGGCCUCAAGGCCAAGAUUCUCACCCACGUCCGGUGCCACAUGGACGAUGCUCGACUGGCCGUCGAGACGGGUGUCGACGGCCUCGACGUCGUCAUUGGCACUUCGUCCUACCUUCGCGAGCACUCGCACGGCAAGGAUAUGACUUAUAUCAUCAACACUGCCAUUGAGGUCAUUGAGUUUGUCAAGUCCAAGGGCCUUGAGAUCCGCUUCUCCAGCGAGGAUUCUUUCCGCUCCGACCUCGUCGACCUCCUCUCCGUUUACAGCGCUGUUGACAAGGUAGGCGUCACGCGCGUGGGUAUUGCGGACACCGUCGGCUGUGCCAGCCCCAGACAGGUCUACGACCUCGUAAGGACUCUGCGUGGUGUCGUCCGGUGCGAUAUCGAGACCCAUUUCCACGACGACACUGGCUGCGCCGUGGCCAAUGCUUACUGUGCUCUUGAAGCCGGUGCAACUCAUGUGGACACCUCGGUUCUCGGUAUUGGCGAGCGCAAUGGCAUCACCACCCUGGGUGGCCUGAUGGCGAGGAUGAUUGUCGCCGACCGUGAAUAUGUCACCAGCAAAUACAAGCUUCACAAGCUCAAGGAUCUCGAGAACCUUGUGGCCGAUGCGGUGCAAAUCAACAUCCCCUUCAACAACCCCAUCACUGGAUUCUGCGCUUUCACCCACAAGGCUGGUAUCCAUGCCAAGGCUAUCCUGAACAACCCGUCAACAUAUGAGAUUCUCAAGCCCGAGGACUUUGGUCUUUCACGCUACGUCCACUUCGCUUCAAGAUUGACGGGCUGGAACGCCAUCAAGAGCCGUGUCGAGCAGCUUGGUCUGUCGAUGACCGAUGCCCAGGUCAAGCUUUGCACCCAGAAGAUCAAGGCCAUGGCCGAUGUAAGGCCGCUCGCCAUCGACGAUGCCGAUUCCAUUAUCCGCACCUUCCACUUGAACCUCACCGCGGAUGAGGAGAAGCCUCUGCUUCCCGACUUGACGUCCGAGGAGCACGCCAAGUUCAAGCAGGCGGAGAAGGACCUUGCCGCCGAGCCGGAGAAGAGGGCAUUGGACGAGACCGUUGCGCAGGAGACGAACGGCAGCACUGCUAAGAAGGUUAAGGUAUAG